UCUCUUGCCACCACUGCUGUGAAAUAAGAAGAGCCACACUUGUGACAUUUCCAGUUCUUCUGUGCAACUGUCUAAAGAUGGAGAAGCCCACUUGGGGGCUGGACCCGGCAAUGCUAUCUCCAACAAAGGAACCCUGAUGCUAGUGACCUCUUUUCAGUAAUCCUCUCCACUGGUAGGCUCAGUGUUGCCAAGCACAAACUUUCCUACAGCGAAAGAGAACUCUAGAAGCAGCAGAAUACUAAAAAUAAGCCAGUAUGAUGUGUGAAUUAAAUGAGGGUGGCAGAAAUGUGUAUUUGCUACCCUGCUGCCACAUCCAACUGCAAGACACCCAUAUAAUCACACCACAGGGAACCCCAUUCAAUCUAACUUUUAAGUAACUCGGGAAAAUUUAUUGGCCAAUAUAUAAACAAACAAACUUCAUUAGCACAGAGUUAAGGCUCCCCUGGGCCCACUCAUUUCCUCCCAGAAUAUCCUCCCAGCAAAAAUGUAAACUUCACACAAACAAUAAAUAAAAGGUUGGACUCUGUUAUACCAGAAAGGUGCCACAGUUUCCCUGGUGAACACUGAUCUUUGCCAUUUAUCCUCACAGAACUUGUCACUUCUUUCCCAUCACAACUAUAGAGCACACAGUCCCCUCACACUCCAUCAUGUUCUUCCCUGGACCAAUUCACCAAAUAAUCUUGUUUUGCUUUGGUUGGUUUUUUUUUUUUUUUGAAUACUCCACUGCUCAAAGAGUGCUGAAAGGAAGUUACUAGGCGCCUUGAUCUCAUUGUGAGAAAACACAUUCCAAAGCUCCAGAAGAGCUUUGUGUUCCGGAAGAGUAUUCCGGAAGAGGCUCUUGCCAGCUUAAUGCUUCACAAGAAAAGGCUGUCCUGGAGGUGAGGGGAAUGUUAUCUUUUGUUAGGGUGAUACCUAGAUGCACUGCAAUCAUAUCAGCUGGAAAGUCCCACACUACUACCAAAAGUACAAGGUUGGGGGGGUUGAGGCAGGAAGGGGGACUCAUUUUGAGACUCUAGAUUCCAGGUGGAUGAUUUCCUAGGAGGAAUAAGAGCUUCAGGAAUGGGUUUAAUGCCAAGGGCUAAGAGAUAAGGACCAAAAGAUGAGUAAACAGCACAAAGGACUAAAAAAAAAAAACUUCAAAAAAGGGAGCUGGAACUUCAGGACCGCCAGAAACAGUAUUUUUUGUCGUUGGCAUCUGUCUGUCUCGAGAGAUAAUAGAAUGCCCCUCUGGGGUGAAGUCAGACUGCUCUGUUAGUGGCACUUCAGUUGACCUCCCCAGGGUGCAAGCCUGGGCAGUAUGUAUGGAGGUCUUGGGUUGCUCAGACGACAAGCCCCCUCUCCUCUGCCUUGAUGAUGUGGUCCAAGGGAAAGCAGAGCAAUUGGUUUGGCACCAGCUUGGCUGGUUGUCAGGAGUCAGGAGAAGGCAUGCAAGAUACCAUCCAACUGCUUUAGGGAAUCGACUCUGGAUAUGUGUACUCCUUAGCUUUUUUUCUCUCUGGAAGAUAUCCCACAAGGCAGCAGAAGUUUAGAAUCAAGAGUUUUCCUUCUAGAUGGGCUACCUUCCCAGGUUAAUGAGCCCCAUCUGUCCCUCACUUCCCUCCUCAUUCACUAAAACAGAGACUCUUAAAAGGAAGUUUAAUUAAUUAAUUCAGAUUAAUUUUAUCAAUCUGGAACAGGCUUCCAUUACAUAUCAGAGAGACAUUGUUUCUACUGCCUUUUCAGCACCUAUUGAAGAUCAUCUUUUUUUCAGCAAGCCUUUAAAUAGAGCCUUUUAUCCCAGUCUGUUUCCUUAUUGGAUAUGAAAUCCUUUUCAUAUAUGAAAUCUUUUCAUAUAUGUUUUAUUGUUAAUGUUUUAAAUUACUUAAAGAUGUUUCACAGGAAGUGAUUCAUAAAUGGAAUGGAAUGAAAUAAAGUAAAAUAAAAAAAGGGGGAAGAGACAUUUUUAAAGGAAGUUGAGAGAGAUGAAAGAUCUGAAUUUCACUGUUGCUCAGUUUAGAAUGCUGGAGAAGGUUUGAAAAACUGACAAUACAACAUCCCUGAAAGAGCCUAACCAAGAAAAUUAGAAGUUCUAACUUGCAAAGAUUGCAAUCUGGAAAACAGGUCCAGAAAAAAAACUCCUCAGGUUUACAAAAUGCCUGAAAUCCCCCCCCCCUCUCUCUCUCUCUCUCACACACACACACACACACACAACCCAUCAACAAAAUACUUUUACAGAAUUAUUAGCUCAAAUGCAACAUUAAACUAUUACCGUGAAAUGUUCCUGAUUGCGAUCAGUGGGUAAAUACCACAAACACUGGGAAAUGUCUUGCAAAAAGAACUUUAAAGGGGGGGGGAGAGAAUUCUGGGCUCUAUCACAAUAUCCCUUCCUGUAACUAUAAAUGUACAAUCCUAUGCAAACGCAAACACUUUAAAGCACACCCCAUUGGGACAUACAUAGUGCGCACUGAGGCAUACACACCACACAUUUAAAUCACAUUUCUUGCCCCAACCCCCACUUGAAUCCUGGGAACUGUAGUUAACCCCUACACUACAGAGAUAUAACACACACCACCCUUAACAAUCUACAGUUCCCAGGAUUCAUGUGUGUUGAUAGUGGUGAUUAUCAGAUUUUGGAGUCCUUCAAGAGCAGGAGUAAAUUUUGUUAGAGAGCAGUGUUUACCAAGACGUUGCUCAAGCAAUAUGGACCUUUCUAAAUCCGCAAUUCUGCUACUUGGGAAUUCAAUGAAGGAUAUAAUCCUAAACACACCACCAAAUAAGUGCCGUUGAAGUACGGAGGAAUUAUUUUUAAGCAAAUCUGCUUAGGGUCCUUUUACUCCCUACCCCAGUCUUUUUCAAGUCAGUCGUCCCACUCAUUUCAGCGGGGCUUGCUCCAAAGUAAGAACGCACAGGAUUGCUGCUGUGUGCUCAGAUCCUGUGCAAACUUACUUGGGAGUAAAUAUUGUGGAAUGAGGUGAGACUUCUAAGUGUAUAUAGGCUCAAGUUAUUACUUGGGUAUUAUUUUCACUCAGAUACUAACGGGACUAACCAAUUAUCUGAGUAGCUCGAUUUCAAAUUGAAAGCGGGGGCUCACGUUGAUUGCAUGCUACUCUGAGCGUAAGCAAAGGUCCCUUCCCUUCCCUUUCUCGCCUCCCUCCCAAACCCCAUAGAAAACAGGCGCGCCAAGGCGAGAAGUUUUUGCUCUCUUGCUGACAUCCCAUUCUCGAUGUGCAGGGUUUGUUCUGCAUGAAAAAGAAUUUCUGUUGGGUGAUUCCACGUCUGUAUCGGCACCAUCCAGAGUCACAUUUACUACCUUUUCUUGAGGACAAGGCCUUGAGAAAUGAGCACCGCUGAAAUUAAUUGGACUUGCUCCGAAGAAAACCUAGGAGGAGCCAGUAUGGAUUUUCAGCUCUCUGCACUAUCAGGAACUUGGGCUGAAGACAACCCAGCAACGAACCUGAUUCCGAUUCUGGUCUGCAACCCAGAUCUUCUGCUAGCCACAGCUCCUUCUGAUAUGCCUCUGAAACUUAACAUCCAAGAGUUAUAUAUUGCACUGUAUUUAUAAAAGCAUUUAUAUGCCGCUUUCUCGUGCAAAAUACCAAGGCGGGUGUGCAAGCUCCACGAUCUGUGUUCUGCGCGUAGCAGAUCGUUAGGCUGUUGGUUUUCAUAGACAACGGCUUCCUAUCCGCUUGCUCCGGGUGCGGCGAGUUGGUUGCUUUCCUCUCCCUUUUUCCUGGGUCUGCAUCAGACUGUUCUCCAUGGGGCCCUUGGUCUGGGAUUGGUCGAACCGGUAGGAGUAGUAGAGAGAGAUCUGGCUGAGGGAUCCUCCCUUUUGCUAGGGCUAAUUGGAUCGAGUCUGAAAGCAAGAUCAUGUACACCUGGGAAAGAGGGCAGGAAUGGCCUUGAAACGCCAUUAUAAUCCGAGAAAAAAGGAGGAGGAAAGAGUAGGAACUUUGGGCAGCCGCGGUGGGGAAGACUGACAGCUACGCGGAGCGCUCCCCUGUAAGUUUUUAAAGGCUCAAAUAUUGAACUAUGUGGUGCAGUUCUUUUCACGGAUUUAGUUACAGUUUUUCCUCGGGGUGAGCCUCUUACUGUUAACUCCUGUUUUAAUUUACUUGCUAGCCUGGGUCAUCACUCCCGACUCCAUAAACCUUCUCCAAAGCCGCUCCUCUCCCCACGUGUCCCCCUUUUCUCUCCCUCGCACCAUUUGCUCCUAUUUUUUUCUGCACUGCAGGUUGAUUCGGAAUACCAAGCUAUGAGCGAGCCUGUGUCUCCAGUCCGCGUGGAAGUUUUGACUCAGGUAAGCAGGAAACAACACCUCCCCCCCCCAAAAAAAAACCCACGUAGCUCAACCUAUAGGCCUCUGUGGGAAAAUAGUUACUCGAGAGGUGGUGACGGGCCUGGGCGGGUGCGCGAUUUGGAAUGGGUCGAGCUCAGGGUUGGUUGUGGCGCUAUGCAGCCCCAGAGAUUGGGAAAGGGGCGAGGUGGUUGUGUGGAUAGAAGAUUUUCGGGGUUCCGAUGGAAGCCAUUUUAAAUCUCUGGGGUCAUAAAUGAGAGUUGCUCCUAUAGGAAUCAGUGGUUGGUUAGGGGAGUUCUGACUGGGCAUGCCUCCACCCCCACAAGCAAAGCUUAAAAGAAGUAUUACUGCACUGUCCUCACUCAGAGAGGAAGGGCCUUUUUUAUUUUUUAGGUGUUUCAAGAAACAUUGGUGGCAGGGAGGGGCAGCUGCCCCCCCCAGUCAAUAAAAAUCGAUAAAAAAUACAUAGCUAACCGAGGUUUUGCCCACCCCCCAACAAAAGGCCUGCCCCACCCAAAAAAAAUUCUGGCAAUGCCCAUGCCUGCCAUCACAAAUACAGCCCAUUAUCUCCAUAUUGCAGGUUGGGGACGGCUGCUGGGAGAUACUGCUUAUGCCAGCCCUUCAGUCUGCUAGUAAUAUGACAGGUUGGGGGUUCAGGUGAUUUCUAGCCUAAAAUCCCCUGCAUUAAAAGACCACUUAGGUUGUAGCCAAGGUCAGUCUAGUCACACUGCCACCUGCUAGCCCAAAUCCAAUACUUGGCUAUGUGCAAAAGCCUUGUCCUCUAUUAACUUGCAUGCAGGCAUGUUUCACUUUAAAAGCAUCUUUGGAUAUAUCUGAAGAGAAUUGGGCUGUGAACUUAUUUGGGGGCAUGGGUGUGUGACUUCUGCCCAUGAUGCCAGAUCACAGCUGCCUUAGAACCUUGGAUUUCUCCAGUGACUUUUUUGAGCUUCUCCUUUCUGGGUGUAGAAAAGAAAAGGGAAAACCAGUCUUGAGUGUAGUCGUUAAGGCUGUAAUCCUCCACAUCCUUGCCUGGGAGUAAGCACCAUUGAAACUGACUAUGCUUCCUUCCAAAUAUACUUAUAUAAGGUUACAUUUUCUGUGCCUAUAAAGGGAGCGGCUCUGUUAGUACAGUCAGUUGCAUUCUUCAUGCAAAGGUGGAGUUAUUUGUUGCAUCCCCACUUCCAUGUUGAGUAACAUGGGAAUGCUAAUGCCUGACUUGGAUUGACUUUUUUCCUAACGUUCCUAUCAAAAUGGCUACCUGCAAUUUCUUUCUUUCUUUCUUUCUUUCUUUCUUUCUUUCUUUCUGGUCUUACUCUUUAGGGGUCACUCUUUCAUGUACAUUUUUAUUACGCAGUACCUCUAUCUUUAAUUUAUAGCAAAAAGCAACACUUUAAAUACAUUUUGGACUUCAGUUUGGAACAUGAUUUCUCAGUGCUGUCCAUAUUUUUUCUAUUCCAACAGGGGAAAUAUAAAAGCAUCACAUUUGUCAGAAAUAAUCUCAAGAUUAGAUCUUCAUGAAACCAUUUUUAUCAUGUUGAUUUUCUAAUUUUCGUAUUAAGUUGUUUUUAACUAGUCAGCAGUACAAAGUACUUGCUAAUCUUUCUACUCUUCUACACUUAUUUUUGCUGCAGUUAAUUUCCUAAUGAGCAGGUCAGACCUAAUCAAGCAAAUGGCCUGAACGCGUUUGAUGGAUAUUACAAGGAGGUAGCAGGUGAAAAGAAUGAAUAGCGGCAGAGUUGGAGGGUGGGGAACCUGGGUUCAAAUCGCUGCUCAGCCAUGGAGUUCAGCUGCAGUUCAGUCCUAUACUUUUUGUUUACUUCGGGGGGGGGUCCUAAUGAUGCUCAUGGUGGUUCCUGGUUUGCAGUUCCUUGUUCAACAAAAAAAGUACAUGAGCAGCUUAAAUAAGGAGCAGAAGUUGACAUACUUGGGUUUUUCCGUCACCCCAACCUUGGGUCACACCAGAUUGUACCCCUACAAGGACACUGUUCCCUUAGCCUUGGUUCGGCUCCAAACAGUUUUGUGGGCAUUGAAACUCUUUUCUGGAGGAAAGCUCCACUCACGCUCCCAUUCUCUGCAGCUCCAAGCCCAUGGCAUUGUAUCGGAAUACAUCACCUACCCUCGUGUAACCUUCUCGUCUGCCUCUCGCCUCUGUGUCCGGCACAGCCCUCCUGGGGACUCCUCCCGGCAAUCGCUGACGCUCUUGGAUCCCCGUGCAUCUCCCAAGGAGGAUCAGGCUCCGCCAAACUGGACUUUGCAUCAUGUGCAAGGGGCUCUGGCUAAUCCUAGCUGUCCACUGCUUGCUGUCAGAGGUACCGUCAUACCUCGGGUUACAGCUGCUUCAGGUUGCUUUUUUUCGCGUUGCGGACCGCCGAAACCCGGAAGUACUGGAACGGGUGACUUCGGGUUUUGGCGGUCGUGCAUGCACAGAAGCGCCAAAUCGCAACCCACACAUGCGCAGACGCGGGUUGCGAAUGCUCCGUGUUCGCAACCCGAGCGUCCACGGUAUUUCAUUGAUAGGAACGCUAUCUGGUUAUUGGAAAGUAGAGUUGAGCAAAGGAGAAGAAGUCUGGGUGUUGUGUGUUACUAAAUUCGCCACAGACUAGACCCACUGAAAUGAGUGGGCCUAAGUUACAGAUGUCCUUAAAUUUCAGUGGGUCUGCUCUAGAGUAGGACUUGCAUUGGAAGCAAUCCAGUGUGGAUGGGGUGAAGGAAAAAUAAUUGGGAGUGAUGGAAAGCGAAUACUAGAGGGUCAUUUUGGUACUGAAGGGGGAGGACUUCUGUUAUUGCAGAGAAGUAAAGGGCUUGAAUUGAACUGAGGUGUCUUUGAGUGGGAGAUAGGCUUAGAAGAGGGAAGGUGGUAACACUGUCUGGCUGUCAUUUUAUUUUGGGCAGUGGUUGUUCUAAAACUGUGGGAGAGGUUGGAGUAUUUGUUAUCCCUUGGGAUAGCAACAUUUCCAAAGGAAUUCUUUGUCUCUGACCCACUUAAUGUUCUGGUAAUGCCAAGCGCUCUCUCUGCAGCCUUUGGAAACGUCAAGUCAUUUCUGGUGAAUGAGUGUCAUGUCCUAAAGUUCUCAUUUGUAGCUUUCCGUAUUAUUUACCUGCUUUCUAUUUGGUUGUGGGGCUUCUCAUUCAGUUUUGCAGAAGAGACACAGGUGCACCUAAAAUACAGUGAAUUGUCAGUUUUAUAAAUUGAGGGGCCUUCACUGUCAAGCGGCUCCACUCCCUCAAACCGCAGCAGUUGUCUUAAUCUUCCCUCUUCUUUCUUCUAGCGGGGCAGCUGGCCCAGGUCUACGACGUGGACCAGCGUUCCUUAAGGUACCAGUGGGAAUUUGCUCAUCCUAUUGAGUACUGGGUGUGGUUGAACGCUGACAUUCUGGCUGUGGUGACUGAGGAGGAUGUCUUCCACUGGACCGUAAAACGUGAGUGUUCGAGGGACUUGGGGAAGAUGUUGUUGGCGUGGCUGUAAUGAAAGAAUCCUUGGCACGGGCAGGUUGUAGGCAGAAUGAUGAAUGGAGUUAAGUGGUGAAACCAAGGGUGCUUGAUGGAUGGAGUUGGGAGUAAAGGAAAAGGACAAAGGACACAUGCAUUGUAGGAGAGGCAGGCUGUCUAGUUUAUGGGAUAAGUUAGUGAUUAUUGAAGGGAAUUAUUGGGGAAGCAGUGUGCUGGCGUUGCCUCAACAGUCUACUGUGAUGAAAAUUAAAAGCAGAGGGGUAGUUUGAGGAUCUAUCCAUGGAGGAUUGUCCUAAAGCAGCAAAGUGCCCUUUGAAGCAGACUCUCCCCCCCCCCCCCCGGAAGCUGUUUCAAUUGACACUUUGCUCAGCUUCUCCUUUAAGUGGGCGGGUGGCAGCUGUAGCGUCAUAUGCAGCCCAGCCCCCUUAAAGGAGAAGACAGAGCACUUUAAUCUUGGCACAUUAGCUCAUUAGAUUAAAUCCUGUUGCCUUGGCUGUGUGAUCCUGUUGCCUCCUAGGAACAGGACGGCAUAGCCAGUGCAGGGUUGAACCCUGUCCUCCCACCCAUCAGCUGACAUAAUCACUGAUGGGUAGGUGAGUGCGGUUUAGGCACAGUGGUGGCCAGACUUGGCCCUCCAGCUGUUUUUGGACUACAACUCCCAUCAUCCCUCGCUAAUAGGACCAGCGGUCAGGGAUGAAGGGAAUUGUAGUCCCAAAACAGCUGGAGAGCCAAGUUUGGCCAUCACUGGUUACGGAAAGGGCCUGGCAUGUCAAAUUGAACCCCUUGGCCAGAAGUUCCCUACUUAAUCUAUCACGUAAGCCAUAUGAAUUGAGCAGAAGACCUUGACUCCAUUCCUUGUCUGUAAUCUCUCUUCAAGGUUCCGGACCAAGUUGGCAGUUUAGCCGACAUGAACGUCUCUGUGGCAUGGAGGUGGUAGGAUAUCAACGGGAUGCCAGUCAUAUGUGGAUGGCUCUCUCUGCUCUAGGACUUGAGCAGGUACAUAAUUCUCUGCCCCCAUGGCUGUGAUAUGUCUCUUGUUUCUAUUUUAUAUUUUUAAAAUAUUUUAAUUAAGUUUUACAUAACACAUUUCAAUUUAAACAUAUCAUUCACCUUCACAUUUAGGAUUCUCUGAAUCCCCUGACUUCCCACCACCCUUCUCUGGUUUUCAUUGUCAAUCCCUUUUUAUUUCAGCUUAUCCAUUUAAAAAAAAAAAUGUUAAAAGUUAAGUCUCUUGUUUCUAAACCCAUUACAGUGGUACCUCAGGUUAAGUACUUAAUUUGUUCCGGAGGUCCGUACUUAACCUGAAACUGUUCUUAACCUGAAGCACCACUUUAGCUAAUGGGGCCUCCUGCUGCUGCCACGCCGCCGGAGCACGAUUUCUGUUCUCAUCCUGAAGCAAAGUUCUUAACCUGAAGCACUAUUUCUGGGUUAGCGGAGUCUGUAACCUGAAGCGUAUGCAACCUGAAGCGUCUGUAACCUGAGGUACCACUCUACAUGGCUUGGUGGCUCUGUUCUAACCCAGAUAUAGCCAACAUUGUGCCUCAGAUAUCGUUGGACUCCAGUUCCCACCAGCCCUAACUGGCAUGGCCCAAUAGUCAGGGAUGGUGCGAGUUGUAGUCUAAGCGCCAUUGGCUACCCAUGCUCUGAAUCUCUCUCUCUCUUCGUUUCCUUCUCACAGAGCCAAGUUGUGGGCCUGACCCAGCUGUAUUGGCGAGGGGGCCCACUUUCUCAGGUCAUAGAAGCCCAAGCAGUAUCCUUGCCUCAGCACAGAUUUUCCAGGAAUCCAAAACCUUCAACAUCCCUCUUAGCUGCUGUGCGGAGAGGCAAGGAACAGGCUGGACAGGUGACUGGGGCUUAUUAAGGAUGGGCAAAGAAGAAGUUGGGAGCCAAGGUCUACUGGGUAGGGAGCCAGUAAAGUCUCUAACUCUGCACUUGCUUCUUGUUUGUGUCUGCAGUUUCAUGUGGUAGAGCUAGGCCCACAUCAGCCAGGGAACGCCGCCUUGCUUAGUGCCCGCGACACCUUGCCUUUCAAGGGGACUCAGCUAGGGGACUUCCCCAGUGCAGUACAAGUGAGUUUUGCCUUGGAGACAGUUGGCUUAUGGACCUGCUGAACCUUGGACAACAACUUCUCUCAUCCCCAUGCUGACUGGGUCUGAUGGGAAUUGUAAUCCAAAACAUCUGGAAGGUGUCAGUUGGGCUGAUGUAGUUGGUGGUGGGUUUUUUUUUGUGCCUUCCCCAUCUAACCCAGUGGAUGUCUGGCUAUUUGAUCCAGAGUUGGUGGCCAUGUUUUCCAAGUGCCCGGGAGUAGUUGGGACAAGGGGAAGAAGCUUUUAGGGCAUUGCCGGGGAACCUCUGGAACUCCAGAUGUUGCUGAACUACAACUCCCAUCAAGCCCAGAAAACAUAGCCAUGGGAGUUGUAGUUCAUCAACAGCUAGAGGGCCAAAGGUUCCGCAUGCCUGUUUUUGGCAAAGGGUGCCUAACCUCUUCGGGCCUGGGGUCUCGUUUCUAAAUCUAAAACUUCUGUGGCCAUCACAAUAUAUCAAUUUCGCACAAGGAACACUGCCUGUGCUUAGAACUCCCCCACUGCCUGAAAAACAGGCAAAACAUGGGUUAUUAACCCCCCUUCCCCCACAGGCAGACACCAAAAGCAGAAACAAAAUAGACAAAAGAAGCAGACAGGGAUACCCCAAACAAACAAACAAAAUGUUUUUUUUAUUAAGGGAGGUCAGGGCCCCCCGGAUGGGUGGGUCUCAGGGUGCCAUUAUGCACUCAAGAGCCAUGCUGGUAAUCCCAGUCAGAGUAUGGUUAAAUAAUAUUGAUGAGAUGUGGGAAGGAGACUGGUUCAGACUUCUCAAACAACUGCUUUUCUAUCCUUUUAGUUCCUGCCCCACUUGGGUGUGGUGGUCAUUCUUACCAAACAUGCUUUCCUCUUCCUUGCUGAUGUGGAGACGGCACAAACCAUCCAUCGCAUCCACCUGGUCUUAGAUAUCCUUUUUGCUACUGUACUUGAUGACGAGAGGCCCCACAGCCUGCUGGGAGUUUGCCGUAGUGGCAAGGUGAGUCAGAGGAAUGGAGGGACUUAAGUAUCAGGGUAGAAAUGAGGUGAGGUCUGGGAGCCAUUGCCUUCAGGUUACCUAAACUCCCUUUUGUCUUUGCUGCUCCCCCAGGUGCUGUCUAUCUCUAUCUGUCCAUACGCUCUGUGUCAAUAUAUCUCCCACCAUCCUACCAGCCUCUGCCUUUCCCAGCGGGUGCUACAACUGGUGGGCCAGAUUCCUGCUCCACAGAAAGCCAUUUCUGUGGAGUGACUUCUCCUCACCCAAAAUACUGAGAUGGAACGCUUGCAAGUGCCUCAAAACUGUUUUCAUUCCUAAGUGGAUCUUAUGGGGGCUUUGGGAAAAUGGAAAAGCAAAUUGAAAGCAUAGGAACAGGGUGAUGUCCACAGCAGUAAUGUGGAUGCCUGCUGAGCAGCUAUGGAAGCAGGGAAGAAAGAAUUGAUAAUUUUUGUGGGGAAAGAUGACUCUUAUAACUAUGAAUAUGAAUGUGAUGUUUUGGGUAUAUUGGAGAUUUUUUUAUGAGGAGCAAAGAGGGUGUUAUUUAUGCUGCAGGGGGCAUUGGCAUUGACUAUGUGUCUGGUGGUGGUCUCUGCCUGCUAUAUUGUCUGGCUUGCUUCCCUUUUGAAAGGGGUGCUGAUCCUGUGGCAGCUGUGUGCCUUGUCUCCAAGGAACACUGGGUCAUUGGUGCAGCAGAGGCAAGAGCUUCUAUCCACAGCUCUGCCUUUCCCACCUUCUAGGUCAUGACCUGCUGACUUACCAUUGCUUUGGAAAAAAAUAAAAAUAAAAGGAAGCUGAGUGGCUUAUUUACAUACCUACUAGUCAUUCACACAGGGAGCCAGAAUGACAAAAUUGCCAGUGUUUCCACAACAAGGGUGCCAUUUUAAAUUAAUAUCUGUCUGGUGUGAGCAAGUUUUUUUGGGGUUUUCCCGAGACGUGAAAAUACUCAGGACUUUGUGUGUACGUAUGUAUAAAUAUAGUGGGUUGUUGUUGUUGUUGUCUUUUCUGGCAAUAUUUGGUCAAAGGGCAGUUCAGCAUAUGAAUAAAAUACACCUCCACCCAUCUACA